AUGCCAAAGAAGUUUAAGGGAGAGAGUACAAAAGUCACUGCGUCUAAAGAACGUAAAGCCGCUCACCAAGCAGAAGUGAAUAAAGUAAAGCAAGCUGAAAAAGACCGCAAAGAGGCAGAAGAAUGGUCUACGGGUGCAAAGGAUUCUUCUAAAAAAGAGUCACAAAAGCUCAAGAGAGAAGCACAGCUAGCCAAGAAAAACGAAGCGGCGCGAUUGUUGGAACAAGAAGAAAGCCAGCUUUCGAAACAUAAGCCAUUAAUGAAGAAAAAAGCUAUAAAACGAACACAAAAUCAAGAGAAAGCGAGUGCAGAACGAAGAGAAAUUCCAGAGUUUUCUGCUUCCAAUAUCGAUGAUGCUCUAGACUUGAUGACAGUUGUCACAAAUUCUUCAACAGCUGUAGGAGGCGGUCCAGGACAAUCUGGUGGGGCUGUAAAUGUUGAAAAACAUCCAGAAAAACGGUUUAAGGCUGCUUUGGCCGCCUACGAAGAACGAGAAAUGCCAAAAGUUAAAGAAGAACAUCCAGGUUUACGUUACACCCAAUAUCGAGAGAUAAUUUAUAAAAAUUUCCAGAAAUCACCGGAGAAUCCCUUCAAUCAGGCAAAUAUUUUACGAUAUAAUUCUUCUAGACAAGAACAAGAUACCUUGAUAGAAGCAACGAGAAAGGAUUUAGAGGAUCGGUUACGAGUUUAA